CAGUAGUAACUCAUUCAUAAAACAUAAAACAUAAGUAAGCUAGAAGAAGAAGAAAAAUGGGGAAAGAAGUAACGAGAAUGGUGGGGAUAAUGAUGAUGAUACUAAUAAUUGCGGUAAACGUGAUAGAAGAAGGGGAAGCGAAAACGGAAAUAGAGUGCAGUGUGAUUUGUCGAGAGCAUUGCAAACGCACAUCUCCAGCGUCAGAAUGUGCCGCUUGUCGCAAGAAAUGUUACGCUUCUCCACCUGUUGCAAGGAACCGCGACGUCUCUACUAUUCGGAUCAAUAAAUAAAGAUCUAUCAAUCAAUCAUCUUCUUAUUUG